AUGUCUGACGACGAGAACGCCCCACAAUACAAGCCAUCCGGAAAGGUCUCCAUUGACCAUUUGAUGAAGCAGGAUGCUGAGGAUGAGUCACUCCGCAAGUACAAGGCAAGCUUGCUCGGAGGUGCUGUCUCUGGACCAUCUGAUGACCCAAGAAGAGUCGUUGUUAAGGAGAUGGUUGUCAUUUUUGAGGAUCGUCCAGGUGGAGACAUCGUCUACCCAUUGGAGACCAAGGAGCAAGUCGCCGCCAUGAAGAACACUCCAUUCGUCCUGAAGGAGAACUGCAAGUACAAGAUUCGCAUCACCUUCAAGGUCCAGCACGACAUUGUUGCCGGUCUCAAGCAAGUCAACACUGCUUACAGAAAGGGAAUCAAGGUCGGAACUGAGAAGACUAUGUUGGGAAGCUUUGCUCCAGAGGCUCAGCCCCACUCUGUCACCGUGCCACGUGUUGGUUGGGAGGAGGCUCCAUCUGGACUCCUUGCCAGAGGCAGCUACACUGCCAAGAUCGAGUUCAAUGAUGAUGACAACCAGAACCAUCUCACCAUUGAAUAUGCUUUCUCCAUCAAGUCCGACUGGUCCAAGGAUUAA